GCGCGCAGCCAGUUAGGGCCGGGGGAUUGUACCGCGACCCGGUCGCGGCUCUCUCUGUUCCGCCGGGCAUCGCCGCGGCUCGGGUUCGCGCCCCGAGAGAGCAGUCCUGGCCAUCCGUAGAGAAAGCACUGCAGCCCAGCGGAUUAGCCUCUGUGGACUCGGCGCUUCUCCCAGCAAGUAAACCUCAAGGAGGACUGACCAGUUUUUGAAUUUCUAUACCAUGGCCCUUCGAUCAGUGAUGUUCAGUGAUAUAUCCAUAGACUUCUCUCCAGAAGAGUGGGAAUACCUGGACUUGGAACAGAAGAAUUUGUACAGAGAUGUGAUGUUAGAGAACUACAGCAACUUGGUCUCACUGGGAUGCUUCAUUUCUAAACCAGUUGUGAUUUCCUUAUUGGAGCAAGGAAAAGAGCCUUGGAAAGUUGUGAGGAAGAGAAGACAAUAUCCAGAUUUGGAGACCAAGUAUGAGGCCAAGAAGUUGUCUUUAGAAAAUGACAUUUAUGAAAUAAAUUUAUCACAGUGGAAGAUAAUGGAAAGAAUUAAAAAACAUGGCCUUAAGGGUCUCAUUUUAAAAAAUGAUUGGGAAUCCAAAGAAAAAAUGGAAGGACAAGAGAGACCUCUAGAAAGAUACUUCAGUAAUGUGAAAAUGGCAUCUGAAAAAGUAUCCUCUUACCAGAAACGCACGUCUGCUACUCCACAUCAGAGACUUCAUUUUGUCGAUAAACCCUAUGAAUGUAAGGAAUGUGGAAAGGCGUUCAGAGUGCGCCAACAGCUUACUUUUCAUCACAGAAUUCAUACUGGUGAAAAACCCUAUGAAUGUAAGGAAUGUGGGAUGGCCUUCAGACAGACUGCACACCUUACCCGACAUAAGAGACUUCAUUCUGGUGAAAAACUCUACCAAUGUAAGGAAUGUGAGGAAGGUUUCAUAUGUGGUGCCGAUCUCAGAGUACAUCAGAAAAUGCAUAUUGGUGAGAAGCCCUAUGAAUGUAAAGAAUGUGGGAAGGCUUUUAGGGUACGAGGACAACUUACUCUGCAUCAGAGGAUUCAUACUGGUGAGAAACCCUAUGUCUGUACAGAGUGUGGGAAGGCCUUUAGACAGUAUGCACACCUGACUCGGCAUCAGAAGCUUAACAGUGCUGACAGGCUCUACGAAUGUAAAGAAUGUGGGAAGGCCUUUUUGUGUGGCUCUGGUCUGAGAGUACAUCACAAACUUCAUACUGGUGAGAAACCCUAUGAAUGUAAGGAAUGCGGGAAGGCCUUUAGAGUGCGACAACAACUAACACUCCAUCAGAGAAUUCAUACCGGGGAGAAACCCUAUGAAUGUAAGGAAUGUGGAAAGACCUUUAGUCGUGGUUAUCAUCUUAUUCUCCAUCACAGAAUUCAUACUGGUGAAAAACCUUAUGAAUGUAAGGAAUGCUGGAAGGCCUUUAGUCGUUACUCACAACUUAUUUCACAUCAGAGUAUUCAUAUUGGAAUUAAGCCCUAUGACUGUAAGGAAUGCGGGAAGGCCUUUAGACUACUUUCACAACUCACACAGCAUCAGAGUAUUCAUAUUGGUGAGAAACCCUAUAAAUGUAAGGAAUGUGGGAAGGCCUUUAGAUUGCGCCAAAAACUUACUCUACAUCAGAGCAUUCAUACUGGCGAAAAACCCUUUGAGUGUAAGGAAUGUAGGAAGUCCUUUAGACUUAAUUCAUCCCUUAUUCAGCAUCUGAGAAUUCAUUCUGGUGAGAAACCCUAUGAAUGUAAGGAAUGUAAGAAGGCCUUUAGGCAACAUUCACACCUUACCCAUCAUUUGAAAAUUCAUAAUGUAAAAAUAUAAGAAAGUCUUUUCAACUUCUGUGUUACAGAACAUUCUAUGAAUGUAGUAAUUAAUCUCUUUUGCUCCCUACAUGCAACUGAUUUGGCAUAAGAGGUUUUAUACCAUUAGAAGAAUAUGAUAAUAUAAUGUAUUCCAUCAUCACCCAAACCUGAAACUUCAGCACAUUUGUUCUAAAAAGUAAUUCUGUUAUAAGAAAUGUGAGAAAGACACUUAACUGUCAUCCCUAUUCCAUCACUACUUUGUGUCGUCCUGGACAAGAUGCUUAACUGCUCUGUGCUAUAAUAGUUUUAAUUUAUGAAAUGGUCAUAUAAGAGUGCAGCAAUUUGAUACUCUUUUGAUCAAGAGGUGAAUUUAUAUCCCCUCUGUUGUAUAUAGGCAGACUGUGACUGCUUCGCCCAGUAGAAUAUGGUAGAUGUAGUGCUGUGCUCGUUUCUUGACUCAGACUUUACUAUACUAGUAGAGUUACUACUUCAUCUCAUGAAAUGAGAGAACUGUCAUGUUCCAAAGUCUGGCUGCUUUCCUGAAGAGACCACAUGGAGAGGCCCUGACACUGCAUAGAGAGGGAGAGGCAUCCUGCUGAACCCUGUCUUCUUGACAUCCACCAAGACACUAGAGAUUGGAGUAAAAUUUUGGAUCCACCAGACCAGCCACCAGCUAAAUGCCACUGAGUGACUUGGUGACCUCAACUGAUGCCAUGUAGAAUGGAAGAAUUGACUGACUAGCUGAGUCCCUGCCCAAAUUUCUGACCCACAAAAACAUGAGAUAUGAUAAAAUGGUUGUUGUUUUAAGCCAC